CAUAUAUUAUUUAUUGACAUUGCUGAUAAAGUUUUUAGGAAAAUGAUUACUGACGUGCAACUUGGUGUAAUGGCGAAUGUUUUGGGUGUUGGAAUAUUCAUUUUGGUUAUUCUCUACCAUUAUAUUGUUGCUAAUCAAAAGAAGCAGGGUUCAGUCCAGCAAUGAUUAAAAGUCGAAAUUGAAAAGGAAGUUAAAAAGUUGUGUAUUUAUUUUUGUGUGUGAUUAUUAAAUUCCUAUUUAAAUGUUAAAAUAAUGUUAAUAAAAAUUUUAAUUAAUAUUUUUUUAAUUUUAAUUAUUGUUUUAUAUCAUUUCAUUUAUUUUUCAAUUUUUAUUUUGUAUCAUAAAUUUUUAAUUUCAGAGUUAAAAAAUAUUAGAUGAGCACAACUUCGUUCGGAAAAGACAAAGGCUUUGGAUAUUCUAAAGUAAAUAACGUUCAAUCUCCUUCAACUUCGGCUGGAGCUUUUAGAAAUAGCAGAGAUUAUUGGAAUACUAGCGGCUAUUCUACUCCGGCUUCUUAUACUUCUAAAUUUUCCACAACAACAACUGGCGAGGAAGUUGGUUGUUUUUCGUCUGUACGAAUGACGGCAGCUGCUAAACUAGGUCGUUAUCUUCGUCGUCUUUUUCAUGCUCGACAGAUGGAUUUUGAAUUUGCUGCUUGGCAAAUGCUUUAUUUAAUGAUUAAUCCACAAAAAGUUUACAGGAAUUUUAUGUACAGGAAAAAAACAAAAGACCAGUGGGCACGUGAUGACCCGGCAUUCCUCGUUCUUUUGGCAUUUUCGCUUUUUGGCUCAAGCGUCCUCUUUGCCUUUGCUCUUGGAUUAUCAAUCUCUGCAUUCUUAACAUUCUUUUUAUGGGCAGUUUUUGUUGAUUGUAUUUGUGUUGGAUUAGUUAUUGCAACAAUUCUUUGGUAUAUAUCAAAUCGUUAUUUACGUCGAGUUAAGGACCAAGAUGUUGAGUGGGGUUAUUGUUUUGAUGUGCAUCUGAAUGCUUUCUUUCCCUUAUUGAUUUGUCUUCAUGUUAUUCUGCCUUUGUUAUUUUAUGGUCUAAUAGAUUAUUCAAAUUUUGCUGCUCGUGCUUUGGGAAAUUCAAUUUGGUGCAUCGCUGUAAUUUACUAUAUUUAUAUUACUUUUCUAGGAUAUACAGCGCUUCCAAUUUUGAAAAAUACCCAUUUCUUUCUCUACCCAAUUACAUUUUUAUUUAUAUUUUUCGUUGCAACAAUAAGUGCUGGUUGGAAUAUAACACAAACUUUUAUGGACUUUUAUCAUUAUAGAGCGACAAAUUUACCGAGACGACAACCAUAA